AUGUCCCGCAUCGACCAUCGAAGAAAUGCAGAGCGGAUACUGCAACUCUCAGCGCUUCCAUCACUUUUCGCAAGGCAGCGAUCGCAGUUCAUGAAGCUGAGGGGGGUGGGCUGGAGAACCAUGGGUGGUCGAACAUAUCAAGCAGGAUGGAGUGAAGGACACGGGUAA